GGCAGCGGAAGAGCGGCUCUUCGUGACGUCAAGCCCCUGGUUGCCUUGAAACUCCUGCUUCAGACCCCUUACCCUUCCCAGUCCAAAGCCCGGGGCUUUGGCCCACUCCCACGCUAGCCUGCGGCUCGCACUGCCCCUGCGGGCAUGACGUUACGCGCGAGGCGAGGUCUUCUGACGUGAAACGUAACUGUCCACCAUCUUUGUCCCUGGCAAGUGGGUUUUGCGCAGUGGCUUAGACCUGGAGGAAUCGUGACGCGCAGGAAACCAUUAGACCACCUCUCUGGCUGCGCCGUCAGGCAGCUGCCGCCCCGCCUUUGCCCUCGGUGCACAUUAAAGAUCCAAAACCAUGACAGAUUCCAAGUACUUCACAACAAAUAAGAAAGGAGAAAUCUUUGAAUUAAAGGCUGAACUCAACAAUGAAAAGAAAGAAAAGAGGAAGGAGGCUGUGAAGAAAGUGAUUGCUGCUAUGACUGUGGGGAAGGAUGUUAGCUCUCUCUUUCCAGACGUAGUGAACUGUAUGCAGACUGACAACCUGGAGCUAAAGAAGCUCGUGUAUCUCUACUUAAUGAACUAUGCCAAGAGUCAGCCAGAUAUGGCUAUCAUGGCUGUUAACAGCUUUGUAAAGAGCAGCCGGAUGUGGAUCCCUGUCCUGCUCAAACGGCCCGAAUCUCAGUCUCUCAAGCACUCUGCCUGUCCCACCUCCCCAACCCCACCAACCUCCAGAGCACCACACAAUGACUGUGAAGAUCCCAAUCCUCUGAUUCGGGCCUUGGCAGUUAGAAACAUGGGGUGUAUCCGUGUGGACAAGAUUACAGAAUAUCUCUGUGAGCCCCUUCGGAAGUGCUUGAAGGAUGAAGAUCCCUAUGUUCGGAAAACAGCAGCAGUCUGCGUGGCAAAACUCUAUGAUAUCAAUGCCCAAAUGGUGGAAGAUCAGGGAUUUCUGGAUUCUCUGCGGGAUCUCAUAGCAGAUUCAAAUCCUAUGGUGGUGGCUAAUGCUGUAGCAGCAUUAUCUGAAAUCAGUGAAUCUCACCCAAAUAGCAACUUACUUGAUCUGAACCCACAGAACAUUAAUAAGCUGCUGACAGCCCUGAAUGAGUGCACCGAAUGGGGCCAGAUUUUCAUCCUGGACUGCCUGUCUAAUUACAACCCUAAAGAUGACCGGGAGGCUCAGAGCAUCUGUGAGCGGGUAGCUCCCCGACUAUCUCAUGCCAACUCAGCAGUGGUGCUUUCAGCAGUAAAAGUCCUAAUGAAAUUUCUAGAGUUAUUACCUAAGGACUCUGACUACUACAAUAUGCUGCUGAAGAAGUUGGCCCCUCCACUUGUCACUUUACUGUCUGGGGAGCCAGAGGUGCAGUACGUCGCCCUGAGGAACAUCAACCUAAUUGUCCAGAAAAGGCCUGAAAUCUUGAAGCAGGAAAUCAAAGUCUUCUUUGUGAAGUACAAUGACCCUAUCUAUGUUAAACUAGAGAAGUUGGACAUAAUGAUUCACUUGGCAUCCCAAGCCAACAUUGCUCAGGUUCUAGCAGAACUGAAGGAGUAUGCCACAGAGGUGGAUGUUGACUUUGUUCGCAAAGCUGUGCGGGCCAUUGGGAGGUGCGCCAUCAAGGUGGAGGCAAGUGUCUGGUGGUAGCUCUGAUCACUUCAGGGGAUUCUGAGUAUUCACUCCUUUCUUUAAAAUACAUUUUUAAAGUUUAUUAAAGGAAUAAAGGACAUAGUUAAAAUAUUAAAGAACUUUUAGUAAAAAGCAGGUGUCCCUGGUCCCUC